AUGGCUGGAUCAAAGCAAAUCCAUCUUGGGUUAAUUUUUUUUACAUUUUUUCUUCUGUGCUUGGACCCAACACCAACUAGUGCUGAAGUUUCUGGUGCAGGGCGUAAAAUAGAAUUUGAAUUUAAGGCAGGGAGCAAGAAAGGACCAGAACACUGGGGAGACCUUAAGAAAGAAUGGAUGACAUGCAAGAAUGGCAAAGCCCAAUCACCCAUAGAUUUAAGGGAUGGGAUUGCCACCAAAGUGAACUCAAGUUUAGAGCAUUUUAAAAUCAGUUAUAAGCCUACAAAAGCCAUUCUGAAGAAUGAAGGUCAUGCUAUCGCGGUUGUAUGGGAAGGUGAUGCUGGAUCAAUCAGUAUCAAUGGCAAAGAAUACAACCUCAGACAAUGCCAUUGGCACUCCCCCUCAGAGCAUUCCAUUGAUGGCAAAAGGUAUGAUGUGGAAUUGCACAUGGUUCACAGAGCCAAGAACAACAGUGAUGUAGCUGUGGUUGGCUUCCUCUACAAAAUUGGCCAACCAAAUCCUUUCAUCUCAAAGAUCAGAAAGGCGAUAGCGUCAAUGAUGGAUGUAGAGAAGGAUGUACAUCUGGGAGUGAUUGAUCCGAGGAAGAUGAAGAAGGCUAAGAUCGGGUUUCAGGACCUGAAAAAGAGGCAGAUGAAAAAGGCUAGCUCGAAAUUUUACAGAUACAGUGGAUCAUUCACAACCCCUCCUUGCAGUGAAGGAGUAACUUGGACCAUAAACAAACAGGUACAUACUGUUUCAAUAGCACAAGUGAAGUUGCUUCAACAAGCCGUUUUCGAUUUUGCAGAGAUGAAUGCAAGACCAGUACAACCUCUCAAUGGCCGGCAGGUCAAGCUUCACGGUUCAUCGUUUGUCAAUUUGAAAAACUAA